UUUUCAUGCAGCAUGUCAUAACAAACUGUGAUUUUGACUAAUUUUAUAUAUUCCAUUUUGCUUAAAACCAAGCAAUUUUCCCCCUCCUAACACUUGUUUUUCCACAUGCAUUUUUUGCUGUUUAAUUGCAGAAAUUAAACAAAUUCUCCACACCCCUAUAAUGAGGCUACGCCGGACCACACCCAAAAUAAUGACCAAACUCCUCCUGUCCGCCUCUUAAUUGUUCUCCAUCCAGGCAGCUGCAGCGCGCUCAGAGCCGCUCCUCUCCGCAGCUGCGUGCAGCCGCAACAACACUUGUUGAAUGUUGGUUUAUUGAUAAUAAGGCGUUAUGUGUGAAAGGGAAGGUGAGAGGUGUGCGGCUCCUAAUCCUCUUAGCAGCAUUAUGCUGAGCUCCGUUCAAGCCCUGACAUGCGGUGCGCCCUUGUAGCUCCCCCAAAAGCCGGAGUCAGCAUCUCUGCGUCCGUUACGCACAGCUGGAGGGACUGUCCGCCGCGGCACGGGGCCGAACAGCCGGCACCGCUACAGGUCCAAAGAGAUGAAACACACUCUGUGUCCGUGUGUGUGUCUCCCCCAUGUCAGCGGCGUCUUCUCGCCUCGUAACGGAGCUGAAAACUAUCAGGGAAUAGCAAUGCAUCUGACAUAACUUCCUGUCUUUGGAGUCGAAAACAGCGAGGGCAAUGAACGUGCGCUCGCCCCCAAGGAGGAGGCUCAAGAGCAGCCGCGUCCUCUUCCUCCUCUCAGGUGUGCUGCUUUGUUUUGUCUACACGUUGACUUUGAAGGCGAGCCUGUCGACACCCCGAGCCUCCGCCCAGACGGGUGCUGAUGUAGCUUUCCAGGCGGAGGUGGGCGAUGAUGUCGUGGAGGUCAACAUCCGGGAGGUGAUGACAUCUAAUGAGACGGAGGAGAGCACCCAACCUCCUCUGGUGAUAGUCGUCAACAGGACGGAUAUCGAACAGUGUAUCUACGUAGAUCCUCAACCUCCCAAACCUCCUUCAACGCUGCCGCCCCCGCCACCAAAUGAAACAGCUACCCCUCAUCCUCACCCCCCUCGCAGGAAAGGUGACUACCCCACGGAUCUCUUCUCCAUUGAGCAGCGGCAGCAGGGCUGGGUUGUCCUGCACGUCAUCGGCAUGAUCUACAUGUUCGUUGCCCUCGCCAUCGUCUGUGACGAGUUCUUCGUCCCCGGGCUGGAGGUCAUCACCACCAAGCUGGAGAUCUCCGACGACGUGGCUGGAGCUACCUUCAUGGCGGCCGGAGGCUCCGCCCCCGAGCUCUUCACCUCCCUCAUCGGCGUCUUCAUCUCCCACAGCAACGUGGGCAUUGGCACCAUCGUGGGCUCGGCCGUCUUCAACAUCCUGUUUGUGAUCGGCAUGUGCGCCAUCUUCUCCCGCGAGAUGCUGCACCUGACCUGGUGGCCGCUCUUCAGGGACGGGACCUUCUACAUCCUGGACCUCAGCAUGCUCAUCGUUUUCUUCCUGGACAACACGAUCCUGUGGUGGGAGAGCGUGCUGCUCCUGCUCGGCUACGUCACCUACGUCAGUUUCAUGAAGUUCAACAGUCAGAUCGAGAACGCCGUCAAGACGCAGAUCAACAAGCACAUGAGCAUCGUGAAGGUGUGGACCGCCGCCGAGGAGCCGGAGAAGGAGAGUGAAGCUGCACCUGCACCAGCACCUCCUCCACCUCCUCCUGCUGCUGCUGCUCCCUCUGCUGCUCCUCCUCCUCCGCCUCCUGCACCAAAAGCUGAAGAUAAAUCCAAAGGGGACGCUGCACCAUGUCCGAGCUCCCCUCAACCACACAAACCUCCAUCAGAGACACAUGAGGACAAAGCUAGACUCAGGGUGCGUCCCGUCCUGCAGCGAGGCGGCAGCACAGCCUCGCUGCACAACACAUCGCUGAGGAGCACCAUCUUCCAGCUGAUGAUCCACACGCUGGACCCUCUGGGAGAAGAGGCCGCUCUUAGAGGGGCUGUGAAAACCCCUGGCCCGAGGAAAGCCAGGAGAGAGACAUCGUUUAAUGGGGAUCUCAGAGGGGAGGGGUCAGUACAGAGGAAAGCGAAGAACAAAGUAAAGCCUCUGAACGUCCCGGAGACGGGAAAAUUACAGAGCAAGUCACAUCAUCGCCGCUCUGAAGAAGCUGAUCGUAGGCCGACUGAGCUGCCUGGUGCUGCUGUUGCCGGGGCACCAGGGGGCGCUGCAGGAGAGCCGUCCACCUCACAGCCUCAAAAGACAGAAGAGACGAGAGAAAAGACGGACGACAAACCAGACAACAAACCAGACGAGUCAAAGGCGGCAGCGGGGGGGUCAGAGGGCUCGGCCGGCGGCUCUGAGGAUGAUAGUGCCGGCGAGGAAAGUGCCGCCUCCAGUGAGAGUGAAGAUGAUGAUGAUGGAGACAAGGAGGACGAGGAAAAGGAGGAAGAAGAAGAAGAGGAGAAUGAGCCGCUGUCUUUAGCGUGGCCCGACACCAGACGUAAACAGGCCACGUAUCUGUUCCUGCUGCCCAUCGUGUUCCCGCUGUGGCUCACGCUGCCCGACGUUCGCAACCUGGCGUCCAGACGAUAUUUUGUGGCCACGUUUCUCGGCUCCAUCCUGUGGAUCGGAGUCUUCUCCUACCUGAUGGUGUGGUGGGCUCAUCAGGUGGGAGAGACUGUGGGCAUCUCCGAGGAGAUCAUGGGUCUGACCAUCCUGGCUGCAGGGACGUCCAUCCCCGACCUGAUCACCAGUGUGAUCGUGGCCCGGAAAGGUCUGGGGGACAUGGCCGUGUCCAGCUCCGUGGGCAGCAACAUCUUCGACAUCACUGUCGGCCUGCCGGUCCCGUGGCUUCUCUUCACUCUGUUACACAACGGCGAGCCGGUGACCGUCAGCUCCAACGGCCUGUUCUGUGCCAUCGUGCUGCUCUUCCUCAUGCUCCUCUUCGUCAUCAUCUCCAUCGCUGUGUGCCGCUGGAAGAUGAGCCGGAUGUUGGGCCUCACCAUGUUCGUACUGUACUUCGUGUUCCUCGUGCUCAGCGUCCUGCUGGAGGACCGCGUCCUCGUCUGCCCCAUCUCCAUCUGAGCGUUAAACGCCGAUCAACGACUCAGAAUGUCCGGACAGAAUCCAAACUCUGCAUAGGAAGUGUUAGAUAGAAGAACGGAGCCUGAAGAAGGCCAACCUGGCGCACAGUAGAAACACGAUAGAAACACGGUAGAAACACAAAUCAAUCAGUGAUGUUAAAGGAAAAGUGCAUCUGAAACGUUUACAUUAAACAUUGAUAAAAUUACUCUAUUAUAAACUGCAGUUUUUACUAUUACUAUAGUUUUUAUAUUUACUAUAAAGUAUCCUAAAAAAUGAAUUCACUGUUGUUCCCUAAAGAAAUAAAUUUACUACAUCGUACCCUAACAAAUGUAAUGGUACAUCCUCAAAAACUUAAGUCCUCAUUUAAAAACCUAAAAAAUAAAUUCAUUACAUAGUACCAUUUAAAAAAAUCCAAGGUAACCUAAAAAAAUAUACUCACUAUAUAGAACCCUCAAUAAAAAAAUUCCAUUACAGGGUACCUUAAAAAGGAGUUAAUUACAUAAGGUGCGUUUCCAUUAGGUACCUUUCCCUCUAGUGAGCCGCUCUGGGUGUGGCUUGGGAGAGAGGAUCCACCCAACUUCACUGGUUAGCUGAGCCGCUACCUGAGCGGCAAUUUCACACAUGCGUGAUUCAUUUGCAGAAUGGCGCAAACUGGACACUGACGUGUUAGACAUCUCCGAGACUGCUGCAGGAGGACUGGGCCGCUUGUUAGUGCUUUGGGACGGCCCCUGCUACUCGUUCAGAAGAGUAACGAGCCAAAACACUUCCAAAAAGUACUCAGUGGAAACACGCCUAUAGUAACCAAAUGAAAGGUCUAUUCACUAUAUCGUACCCUAAAAGAAUUAUUCACUGCAUAGUACCCUCAAAAAUAAUUCACAUUAAAUAUACAUGCACUAUAGAGUGCUAUAAAAGGAUAAAUUCACUACAUAGUACCCUAUUUAAUACAUUCCCUAUUUAGUACCCUGAAAAAUGAAUUCACUACUAAAAACCAGAUUAUAGUAUUAAAGUACCUUGAAAAUGCAUUUAUAACUAUAUAGAACCCUAAACUUGAAUCCACUGUAUAGUGUACUACCCUAAAAAAUUACUUCAUAGUAUAUAAAGACUUUUCACUAUAUAGUACCUCCCAAAAAAGUGGAUUUACUAUUUUUUCAUAAACCUUAAAAAAGAAACUUGAUUUUUUUUUUUUUUAUCACAAACUGUUGUUUUAGAUUACUUAUAAAUUUUCUGAUAUCAUCUCAGACUGUUCCCAGCUGCUGGAAAUAUGUGGAUGAUUCUGACAGAUUUAAAAAUUCACACAAAGAACAUCAGCACUGUUUUAGUUUAUGGUACUUAAAAGUUUUUGGUGGAGUUUUCCUUUAACAUUGUGACCACUAAGCUUACAGUUCCUCCUGAGGUGACUUUAAUUAAAAAAAAAUAGGUUAAUUAAAAUAAAUGACAGCAGUGAAAGUUUCAGGUUCACUGUGCAGCAACUCAGAACUUCUGGAUGCAACUUCAGUAUUUUCUCUCAAACUGUUCUGUGUUCAUCCAAACUCGUGUUUGUUCAGUGUAGAAAAGAAAAAUAUUUAUUAACUGUGGAGAGAAACAGUGAUUGUGUGUGUAUAACUGUCUAACUGUUUAAUGCUCGUGAUGGAUUGAAGUGGAUGCAAACAUGUAUUGUUGUUAUUAUUAUUAUUGAUAGGAAAUCUAUCAGUAUUUCAAAUUACAAUUCCAUGCUGCAAUAAAUUAUUUUUUUAACAGUGAA